AUGAGUGGACUUAAAAGUGCAAUUGUGGAGGGGUUAAGCUCCGUUAAAUCUCCGGCUUCUGCCGCUAUCAAAUCGGUGGACAACUUCAACAUGAAUUCUAUUGAAUCAAUUCAGCUUUACAUUAUGCGGCUCCAAAAAUCUGACAACAUUACAGAGUAUGAAUCGACACUCAGCCUCAUUGACGAAAAGUUCACUGCUCCGAGACAGCGGAAGCAAAAUGAUGGUACAGUAGAAUAUCAAAUUGUUGCUGAAUAUCUACGGAGGAUUCACCCAACUACUUGGACAAAUUUCGGUAUUUACAUGCGACGUUCAGUGGAGGUGACGUUCUUUAGUAAUAACUGGGAGCAAUCUGACGCUUUUUGA